GUUUCGUGGAUUGUAUCAUUCUCGUCCGACCUGCCCUGCGUCUCUUUUUGGAUAGCUGGAAAAAGCUCCUGCUCGUUCUGGAAGUAGUUAUGGUGUUGUAAUUCAGAAGACAAGCCAUGGAGAGCUCAGAACCUGCAGUGAAUAUAAAUGACAUAGAGAAGGCCACGGAGGCAGACGAGGAUGGCUUUCACUCAGUUAGCAAUGACUGGAGUGUAUUGUUCGGAGGAAAGGACUUUGCAGCCAAGAUCAGAAAGCUUGGUGUUCAAGGGCACCUGAGAGGAUGCUGCUUUCGCAGUGUGUGCUGGAAAGUAUACCUUGAUGUCUUACCAGAAGACCGUUCAAGCUGGGUAGAUGCCAUGAGAGAGAAGCGCCGUGGGUAUGCCAAGAUCAAGCAGGAGUUCCUGGAUGACCCACGUGAUAAGGCUGCUGCUUCGGAUGCAACAUUCAACAAUCCGCUUUCUCUUGAUACUGAGAGUCCAUGGAACCAGUUCUUCCAGGACGAGGAGCUCAAGAAGACUAUUACGCAGGAUGUUGAUAGGACACAUCCUGACAUGGAUUUCUUCCAGCUAGAGAGGAUCAAAGAAAUCAUGUCCAAUGUUCUGUUCUGUUUCGCUCGUGCUCAUAUGGACCUUGGAUACCGGCAGGGCAUUCAUGAACUGCUUGCACCCAUCAUAUUUGUCUUGGACUCUGACAAGCGUGACAAGGACACGGUGCCCGUUGACCAGAGCUAUGCUGAAGAGAUGCUGGUAAUCUUGGAUGGACAGUCUCUGGAAGCCGACGCCUAUGUGUUAUUGGCCGCCCUGAUGGAGACCUGUUCAGAGUGGUAUGAGCAUGGGCCGGCGGACUUACCAUCCAACAAGAAAGGCUCGGCGGUGCUGGUCGAGUCUAAGCUUUUUCAGAGUGAAGAAGAUGCCAAUCCGUCCUCUGCCGUUGUUCGCAAAAUGGAGCGAAUCCAGCAGGUGUUGAUCAGAAAGGAGGAUCCUGAACUUCACUCGCACCUUUCCAAGCUAGCAAUUCCACCGCAGAUAUUCGGACUUCGGUGGAUUCGUCUGCUCUUUGCUCGAGAGUUUGCUCUAUUGGACAUUCUGAUCUUGUGGGAUGCGAUAUUCGCUCAUAGUCAAUACUUAGAGCUGGUGGACAGUGUUGCGUUGGCCAUGCUUCUGUUCAUCCGAGCACCGCUAAUCGCUGGUUCUUAUGUCAAUGUGCUGCAACUACUUCUCAACUUCCCCGCCAUUGCUGACGUACAGUACAUCGUGCAGAGGGCACUGUUCUUGCAGGAUCCAAAUAUCUACCCACGUCCGCCAAAUUGGGAGAUGCAGAGCACGGAUUCGGCCACUGCAACGCUGGUAGCACCAGCCGGCCUGAGAGCAACCGGCAGCAGUCGACUGACAGCAGCAGUGCGCAGUGGUGUUACUCAGGGUGCACGCUCUCUGGCAGGCAAGACAGCAAACUUGUUCAAGAAACCUGAGGGAUCAGGAGCAUCUCCAGCAAUGUCACCCCGCACCGUGUUCUAUACCGACACUGAGAGCGAGGAGUCUUCCUCCAGCACUACUGCGACGGCAGCGGCAGCACCAGCAGCAACGUCACCAGGUACCCGCACCCAGCCCUCUAUGUCAUCCACAUUCAGGAACCCUAAGCCACAGUCGCCAGAAAACCCUCAGUCACCGUCACCAAGUGGUGAUGAUGCUCCGAACAGUAGCAGGUCAACAUUUUACACGAAACCUAGUCCCGAGCCUACUGAUCCAGGCAAGCGACUGACGGCCGUGAAAAAGCCGGCGGAUGAGCAGCUGGAGGAAUGGUUACAGGUCUGCAAGCUGUGCGGCGAUCGCCUGGCCACUAGCCUACGAUCUCUUGAGACGCAGCUUGUUGGCAUGGGCACUGAAUUGCCAGAGGGAGUGGAUGACAAGGUCUUCCUCUCAAUUGCCAGUAUGAAACAGGUACGUGAUCUGAUGAAGGGAACACUAGGCUAUGACCUAUCUGUGGAUGAUGCUGAGGCUAUCCUGUCCAUCGAUGUCGCAACCAGCCUGGGGCCAAGCAAUGCUACGACCUCCGCUAGCGACAAUGACACCGCCAACGCCGAUGACAAUGCUUGCAGCAGCGAAACACCAUCCUCGGCGGAACAAAGCUAGUGUGCAAAUUGUCCAAAGACAAACACGUCGUGAUUGUGAGCACCUAGUGAAGCUUGAUAGGACGUCCUUUUUUCCCAGUUUUCUGUUUUCGUUUCGUAUCGCUGUCAUUCAGCAGCAUGCCAGACACUGCUUAUCAAAGAGAACGCUGCCAUGCAGCCACACAUCUCUUGCACUUUACCUUAGCUGCGUAUGCCAAUCGGCCGGCUGAGCUGGUAUGCCUGGUAUCUUCUCGUUCUUCUUCGUUACCUUGUUAUUUAUGACAUUUCCAAGAGAGAUCAAUAGGACAAACUUUAACGUUACCUUUCAAUGCUGCGCAUUGCGAUAAUUAUUUGAAAUUACUUUUCUUAUCAAUUCAUUAGACUGGCCCACCUAGCAGAUUAUCAAUUAGCUUUGUAUGAUCUGCUGCCUCUUUCCUAUUUUUACCUCUCUGGAAAGCCUAGGUUCCGUAACAUAUCCAUUUUCUUCUCUUUUAUUUGCGUUAUCUGUUGACCAUAUUCCAUUAGGUUGUAGCAUUCUAACCCAGCCACUAGUUACCUUAACCCCGGCCCGUGUGGCUGUUCAGCACCGCCUCAUCUUCCCCAUCCCGUUUUGAAGUGCCAGUACCAUUAAUUUUAUGAUUCUCCAUAACUGUAGUUGCCAGCUGCACCUCUUUACUCUACACUCUGUCUACAUCUGUUUGACCGUGUGGACGGUGCCCUUCUAUGCUGAUAAUGGUAACGCCAAACAAGA